AGAAGAAGGAGGAGGAGGAAGUCGGGGCCGAGCCGCUUCCUGUAGGCAGAGGGAUGAGCGCAGACAAAGCUGGGUGGGGACUUGCCGCUCGGGGCUGCUGCUGACCACCCUCCUCCUACCUCCGGCCCUCCAUCCCUCCCUCCGGUCCUCCAUCCAUCCCUCCAUCCCUCCGUCCCGCCGCCGCCCGCCCCGCGGGGCAGCACCGCCGCCUCCAGGUGGUGAACGGCCAAGAGGAGCAGAUCUUCCCCUAGAGGCACACAGCACCGGAGAGACCUGCUUCUGCCUGUCUGGAGAGCACGCCUGGCCUGCCCAUGGCUAGCAACAACACUGCUAGCAUAGCACAAGCCCGCAAGCUGGUGGAGCAGCUUAAGAUGGAGGCCAACAUUGACAGGAUAAAGGUGUCAAAAGCAGCAGCAGACCUGAUGGCGUACUGUGAAGCCCACGCCAAGGAGGACCCUCUAUUGACCCCUGUCCCGGCCUCAGAAAACCCCUUUAGAGAGAAGAAGUUCUUCUGUGUUAUCCUGUAAACCCUCGAGGAGCCUGACCAGCACUCAGGCCACCCUGAACACUGAUGUAGAGUUUUUAGGAAUGGGGACAACCUGCUAGUCUGCAGAAUUUAAACAAAAAAUAAGUAAAAUACACGGCCUGGAAGCUACAGAGAUGUGCAUGUUUAAAGAACCUGGCUACCUUUGGGGGAAUAGGAUGAUCUGCAUUGCAAGGCAAAAGAUCUGAAGUCUGUAGAGUUGCCUAGAAAGAAAAAAACCCACAACAAAAUAUGUAAAGAAUAAAUCUGUGUCACUUUUCUGCUCACAAAAUUGUUUGAUUGUUCCAUAUUUAAAAGCACCAGAGCUGUGCUGAGCAAAGUAACUGCUAAGGAUGUGUAUAGACUUCUUGGAAUGAUAUUGUUGGUUUCUUUCCAAACUAUUCUUUUUUAUUUAAGUUGUCAGAUAUAUAGCGACAGGUUAGAUGAACUAUGGUGUUACUCAAUGUUUGGUCUUGUGUGUUUUAGUUCCCGGCAGUUGCGUAGCACAGGGCCCCGCGGUGGGUUAGCGAGGACGCGGCAGCUCCUGCCUGCCCCCCGUGUGCUGGCAGCUCCGUGUUCCCAGACAACCCCACUUGCUAACAUUUUGUGUAUGAUUAGCUUCAGCUCUGCAAGUAAAAGUGAAUCAUGUGUCGUGGUUGGUGCUUCAUACUCCUGUGACGACGUUCAGUGGUAGUGCAUGAGAGUUUAUCUCUGUUCAUCCGCUCCAGAUUUUUCUUUUCUAUCAUUUGACACCACAUGCUGGUGGAUAAAGCUGUAGGGAGGAAACCGAGGCGAUUCUGAAAGCAAAGGCAACUCCUGCAAUGCCUUAGACGUGCCUGAAAUACCUCCUGCAUUAGGGUACCCCUGGGCGUUGAGGGGUAGCUAGAAACCUGAAAAUCAAAGUUGACCACUUCUUUCCGGGUCUUUCCUCUUUUCCUACACCUCUGUGCCUCUGCCCUCCUUGCUUGGUCCGUGUCCUGCUCUUUUGGCUUCUCAGCAGCAUCUCCUCUCCUUGGGGCUGGAUCAGGAUGCUGCCCCAUGGAGGGAUGCUGCCCCACGGAGGGAUGCUGCCCCACAGCGGGCUAUUUCCGCCCCUUCCCACACCCACCGCUGCUGCCCCACUACGAUGGGUAGAGAUGGGGGAGCAGCAUGGGGAGCACGGGGCCACCCCUUCAUGGAGGUGCCUGAUACCUUGUUUACACGCAGCCUGAGCUCUGUGUCAGGCUGGGGAAUUACUCCCAGGUCGAGUUCAUCUGCUGCCAACGUUCUGGGGACACAAGCCACCUUCUUUGGACCUGCUCUGGGUUUAAUACUUUUGCAGACGUGGCUUGUCUCUCCGCUGAUAGCUCCUGGCUCUCCCCACUCAUCUACACUCCUGGAGAACUUUGGGAAUCACGACUUGGGGAUUUGCAUACAAAAUUAGGUGGGUGUCACAUAGGGGGGUUGGGGGGCUACAGUAACCUGGCUAAACUGUAGUUCUGAAUCAGGUAUCAGCUUAAAAAUCCCUGUGGAUCCAAGAGGGCAAUAGUCUUUAUGUACCUUUCGGUGAAACUUUCUAGCCCGUAAUAAGUGCAUUUUUGUUUUUUCUACCUUUUCAUACUCUUUUUCUAGUCUUCCACAGAGAAGACCAGUUUUUCUUACACUAGACUCCAAACUUUUGGCAUCUGGGAACAUUUAUAGGACAUGAGUAGCCUAGAUUGUCCCAGUCCUCCCACCGUGGCUUUCAGACCCCCCUAACCUCGAUCUUUUUACUACAGCUUACAUAGCUUUAGGAUGAAGGAUGGAUGAAGUCAUUUGUUCUGCAGCUGGUUUCACUCUUAAUAUUGCAAGGCAGAUGUGUAAAUACCCCGUCCCUGGUUUGUCUUUUGUUUUUAACGCUGAUUUACUGUCACAGAGAGUGAAGCGCAGCCGGUCUGACCCGGGGCUCACACCCCAACCCUUCUCCAAUGCUGUCACAAAGUGGUUUGUAAUAAUUUUUUUAAUGACUUCUGUAUUUUACAACUUGAAUUCUUAAUAUAUAAAUGAAGAAAUAAAGAUGCAUGAAGGGUGUGUGUGGGGGGAGUGUUAAAUUAACCUAAACUGCUCAUUGAAGGUGUUUUCCGUUGCUGGUCUUUAUUUCACGUUGGUAGUGGUGUUGACAUUGGUGUGCUGCCAGGUAUUUCACCCCAGUAUUUAUAUUUGCACAGAUACGCCUUUGUUAGCCAAGUAGAGAUCGCCUGCCAAGAGCGUUUCCCCCCUCGCAACAGAAAUACCAGCCAUCUCUCCAUCCCGAUGCCGUAUUUCCAGCAUGGUUUCAAAUGACAUCCAACUCUACCCCCAGGCUUUCAAACAAAAACUAUCUGGAGUACUGGAAAAGGACUUUUAUUUUCUGCCAAGGUUGCUGGUGGCGGGGCCAAGUCCGUCCCUCCAGUGCCAACCUGCCGCUGCCAGGCUUUUGGGGAGGGGGUGGUGGUAACCGAAAGCCAGCGCGGGGAGGUUGGCGCUGUGAUGUAGCGCAUCCCCAUCCCAUGUGGUCUCUGUACUCGUUGGAAAUAAAAUUUUGGAUUUGUUUCAA